CCAAAUUCAUCUUCAUCUUCUCCUAAAUUAUCCUUUCUCACUUUCUCUAGCUUUGCAAACAAUGGCACCAAAGGCCGAGAAGAAACCAGCGGAGAAGAAGCCAGCCGCAGAGAAGGCACCAGCAGAGAAGAAGCCAAAAGCAGGCAAGAAGCUGCCCAAGGAUGGCGCAGCAGCUGCAGGAGACAAGAAGAAAAAGAGGGUAAAGAAGUCCGUGGAAACCUACAAGAUCUACAUUUUUAAAGUGCUGAAACAGGUUCACCCUGACAUUGGUAUCUCUAGCAAGGCUAUGGGUAUUAUGAACAGCUUUAUCAAUGACAUUUUUGAGAAACUUGCCCAAGAAUCUUCUCGUCUUGCUCGCUAUAACAAGAAGCCUACUAUUACUUCUCGGGAGAUCCAGACUGCUGUCAGAUUGGUGCUCCCUGGUGAAUUGGCUAAGCAUGCUGUAUCCGAGGGUACAAAGGCUGUUACCAAAUUUACCAGCUCUUAAUCAGUUUUAGGGUUGUUUUAUCUAUUGUCUUGAUUAGGGGGUUGUGUUUUAUCUAUCGUCUUGAUUAGGGUUUGUAGAUGUAAAAAAUGUGCCAUUAGGGUUUCUAUUGAACAUUAUGACAGCUAUUCAUAGCUAUUCCUUGAAUGAAGAAUUUUUAAUUUUCUCUGUUAAA